UUGUUAAAGUACCUAUGUUGCUCGAUGUUUCUAAAUCACAUGGUUAACCUCUCUAUUAUUUUCAAUAUUUACAUGUUGUUUAUGAUUAACUUUUUAUAAAAUGGAUCCACGCGAUAAAUUUCAUCUUUACGUCGGAUGUAAAUCUGGAGUCUUUAAGGGUGUAAAAAUAGAUAAAGAGCAUAUCCUAAUGCAAAACAUACAAAACUUGGUAUCCAUAACAGAUAAUGAUGAAGUCACAACAAUGUCUUGGGGCGAUGAAGAAGAACAUGAAAUUUUAAUUGCCUGUGGAGUGAAAGGGAUUAGGAGCGUGAAGGUUUAUGAUACAGAAUGUUCAAUGUUCACGUGUUCGUUCUUUACCGAUAUCGGUAAAGGAAGUAUUAAUGGCAUAUCACGAUACGACGAAGCAAUUUUAACUGCGGUCCAUUCGGGAGAAGUGAAAUUAUGGAGGUUUAAGAAAGAGGAUGAAAUCCUAAUACAUGCUGGCAAACACUUGAAUAGAAUGCGUCAUUCUAAAAUGAAUAAAAACAUAAUUGCAACCGGUGGCUUUCAACAUAGAUUAAAAUUAUUUGAUUUAGAAAAACAGAGCGAAAUAUUUCAUGAGAAAAAUAUAGCUCACGAUUGGUUAGAAUUGGAGGUUCCUAUUUGGAUCUCUGAUAUUCAAUUUCUUCCUGGUACUGAACAAAUCAUUACAGUUGGUAAAUACGGGCAUAUACGAUUAUAUGAUCCCAAGAUGCAAAAAAGACCAGUUAUAAAUUUGGAAAUAAAAGAUGAAGCAUUAACAACGUUAGCUGUAACACAGCGAGAAAAGCAAAUUAUAGUGGGUUCUGGCAAAGGUAAAAUGAACCUUGUAGAUCUAAGAGCACCAGCUAAAGUAUUGAAUACUUACAAAGGAUUUGCCGGUGGUGUAACUGGGUUAGCUUGUAGCACAAGUAAACCUUAUGUUGUUAGCACUAGUUUAGAUAGAUAUUUACGAAUACAUCACAUUGACACUAAGAAGUUAUUAAAACAGAUUUAUUUAACAUCAAAGACGUCGUGUAUGUUGUUACGUUCAGGAUUUUCAUUGCAAACUGAAAAUGAAGUAAGCGAAGAUGUACAAAUAUAUACUAGUAACAAGGACUUGAGUACUGCAGAUCAAAAAGAUGUGCAAGAAACAGUGGAUAACGAUCCUGAAUAUGACAUGUUAUUCGAAAAAAUGCCAGUUAUUAGCAAUAAAGAGGAUAGAAAAUUAAUUGAAAGAAAGCGAAGGAAAACAAAGGAUUUAAGCAGUUCGUUAACGGGUAACGAAGUAUCACAUAAAUCUACUUUAAGGAGAAACGAGAAAUCCGAGAAAAAUUCGAAGAGAAUAAAAUCGGUAUAAUUAAAACAUAUAAGAUAUCUAUAGUUCAUGUGAACAGUAAUAUUUACGGAUUAAAAGAUUAAAACUGUUUCAUAUUUUGUAAUAAGUUUGCUUAUAAAAUUUAAAUAAAUAUUUA